CCCCUUUUGCCUGUCAGGAUGAGGCGGCUGAGGCGGCCCUGGGCCGGCGGCGGAGGCUGAGGCGGCGGCCCCUGUUGUGCUCGCUUCGCUCCACUCGCCUCACUUAGCGGGCCCGGCCUCGGCGUGAGCUGGCUCAGCCAUGGCCCAGCCCGGGGCGGCGGCAGAAGAGUCGUCGACCGAAGCUCUCCUUCAACGAGUAGCAGAACUGGAAAAAGUCAAUGCUGAAUUUCUACGCACGAAGCAGCACCGUGAGCAGGAAUUUAAUCAAAAGAGGGCAAAAUUUAAAGAGCUGUAUCUGGCUAAAGAAGAGGAUCUGAAGAGGCAAAAUGCAGUACUUCAGGCAGCUCAGGAUGAUCUGGAGCAACUGCGAGCGCAGCUUACGGAAGCCCAGGCUGAAAUGGAGAAUAUUAAAGCCAUUGCGACAGUAUCUGAAAAUACAAAGCAGGAAGCUAUUGAUGAAGUGAAGAGGCAAUGGCAGGAAGAGGUUGCUUCUCUGCAGGCUAUCAUGAAAGAAACUGUCAGUGACUAUGAACUCCAGUUUCAUCACAGGCUGGAGCAAGAGCGAGCUCAGUGGAACCAAUACCGAGAAAACGUGGAAAGGGAAAUAGUGGAUCUGAGAAGACGUCUUUCCGAAGGCCAAGAAGAGGAAAACCUGGAAAAUGAUAUGAAGAAGGCCCAAGAAGAUGCAGAGAAGCUUCGUUCAGUUGUGAUGCCCAUGGAAAAGGAGAUUGCAACUUUGAAAGACAAACUGACAGAGGCUGAAGAAAGGAUAAAGGAGCUGGAGGCUUCAAAGGUUAAAGAACUGAAUCAUUAUUUGGAAACUGAGAAAUCCUGCAGGACCGAUCUAGAAAUGUAUGUGGCUGUUCUGAACACUCAGAAAUCAGUUCUGCAGGAAGAUGCAGAGAAGCUGCGGAAAGAACUUCACGAAGUCUGCCAUCUAUUAGAGCAGGAACGGCAGCAGCACAACCAGCUGAAGCACACCUGGCAAAAGGCCAAUGACCAGUUCCUAGAGUCGCAGCGUUUGCUGAUGAGGGACAUGCAGUGGAUGGAAAUGGUGCUGACCUCUGAGCAGCUUCGGCAAGUGGAAGAACUGAAGAAGAAAGAUCAGGUAACACUGAAGCCGAGUACAGUCCCAUCCAUAAGAAGGGAAGAUGAAGAGCAGCGGAAACUUCAUAAAAGGAAAGAAGACAAGCAGAAAGGCCCUGAUGAUGAAUCGAAAGUAAGCUCCAUCACUCAUGAUGAAUCCCUUCCGCAGUUCCUUGGUGAAGAGGUGCAUAUAAACAGUACUCACGGUUCAGUCCACUCACUCGACACAGAUGCCCUGUUGUCUUCGGGAGAAUCUCUCAAGUCAGACAACGACAUGUUCAAAGAGGGCCUGCGGAGGGCACAGUCAACGGACAGCUUGGGAACAUCAGGAUCCCUGCAGGCCAAAACUCUGGGCUACAACAACAAAGCCAAAUCGGCUGGCAAUCUUGAUGAGUCUGACUUUGGACCCUUAGUUGGGGCGGACUCUAUGUCGGAGAACUUUGACACGGCCUCCCUUGGCUCUCUGCAAAUGCCCAGUGGGUUUAUGUUAACCAAAGACCAGGAGAAAGCAAUCACAGCAAUGACACCGGAGCAGGAGGAGACAGCAUCCCUGCUCUCCAGCAUUACACAGAGUGUUGAGAAUGCUUACGUAUCUCCUAGCGGUUACAGAUUAGUUAGUGAAACUGAGUGGAAUCUCCUUCAGAAAGAGGUGCAAAACGCUGGGAACAAGCUGGGCCGGCGCUGCGAUAUGUGUUCCAAUUAUGAGAAACAGUUGCAAGGAAUCCAGAUCCAGGAGGCAGAAACCAGGGAUCAGGUGAAGAAGCUUCAGGUGAUGUUGAGGCAGGCCAAUGACCAACUAGAAAAAACCAUGCACAAGAAACAGGAGCUGGAGGAAUACAUGAAACAAAGCACUGAAGAUUCAGGAAAUCAGAUCUCCUCGCUUAUUGUUAGAGUUCAGGAGUCCGAGGCCCUGCUUAGCGAACUGCAACAGGCAUUUUCUCAAGCCAGGAGAGAUGUCCAGGACCAAAUGGCUGUCCUGACGCAGUCGAGGGAACAUGUCUCGGAGGAGUUGUUGAGACUCCAGAAAGACAAUGAAAGCCUUCAAGGAAAACAUUGUCUGCAUGCCUCUUUGCAGCAGGCUGAAGACUUUAUCCUGCCAGAAUCUGGAGAGGAACUCCGCGACCUGGUCCUCAAAUACCGGGAAGACAUCAUUAGUGUGCGGACAGCAGCAGACCACCUGGAGGAAAAGCUGAAGGCGGAGAUUUUGUUCCUGAAAGAGCAGAUUCAAGCUGAGCAAUGUUUGAAAGAGAACAUAGAGGAGACUCUACAGCUGGAAUUGGAGAAUUGCAAAGAGGAAAUAGCUGCUGCUUCCAGUCUGAAAACAGAACUGGAGAGAAUAAAAGCAGGGAAGGAGCAGUUGGAAUCCGCCUUGAAGGAGAAAAACCAACAGCUGGAAAGCUUGCAGGAAAGGAGAAACAGCCUUGAGGAGCAGCUGAAGAAGGAGUUGGCUGCAAAGGCAAACCUGGAGCAGCUGAUGUUUGAGGAGAAGAACAAAGCUCAGCGGCUGCAGACGGAACUGGAUGUUAGUGAGCAAGUGCAGAGAGAUUUUGUGAAGCUUUCACAGACUCUUCAGGUCCAAUUGGAACGGAUCCGGCAGGCAGAUUCCCUGGAGAGAAUCCGUGUGAUCCUCAACGACACAAAACUGACAGACAUUAAUCAACUGCCUGAAACAUGACACCCUCCAUAGCAGGGCUCUAAGGCUACAAAAUUUUUGUUUUGUUUUGUGUUUGUUUCAGGUUUUUUUUUUAAAGAAAAACCCUCAUCUUUAUAGCAAAACAUUUAAUAAUUAUUAUUUAACUCUUAACUGAAAGAAGCAGAAGAUGGCACAGGGGGACAAUGAUCCAGGCUGUGUUUCUGGAAGGGAGAGAUGGCUUUGUGUUGGGCGCAGAAAAGUGUCAGAUGGAGAGAUGAGCAAGAUGCUUUGGGGGGGGGGGCUUUAGUGGGGGCUGGACUUGUCAAAAUAACCACCCUCUCUCACCUCCACCCCUCCUCUGGAAUUUGGCUCUCUUCUUUCUCUCACCUCUUCCCAUUAAAAACAAAAUAUUGUGGUGAAGGUAGUUCUGCAAAUCAAAUCUCCCCUUCUCCCCAAACCAUAUUUUGGAGUGAAGCUGUUGAACUCCGCCCCAAUGAAGACUGAAGGGCUACCAAGGGUAUUGAGUGUGAGAGCACGGCAGGCUAGGCAGAUGCCAGUCUAGCAUGCUGUAUGAAUAUUUUAUAUUAAAAUAUGAAUUUAUCUGCAGGACACUGGAUUUGGGGUUUUUGAGCUCGGUGCACAAAUUGUAUCUCGUAUGUUGUGCCGGAGGAGACCAAUUGCGGUUGAAAAGUGUGAUGGGACAGGAUGUCCGGGGGACGGGGUGAGGGGCAGUGUAGAUGAGAAGGCUCUGAAGUUGUCGAAAGAGAGGACUUGGCCUUUGGAGGAAAAUGACCACUAGAAAUAAAAAGCCUCGGCCUCCAGAUUGUUGGGGCAAGAGAAUGGGUGGCAAAUGCACCCUGGAAUGGCUGCAGGAGCAGGUUGAAAACAACACUUUUUGUGUUGCCUAUUUUUCAGGUGGCAGGCAAAGAUAUCCUGCCCUAGUUGAGCUGAAAUUUAGGAUCUUUUCAUUUAUGCACUCCUUUUAGCAAUGGAAGGGAGCUAUAUCCCACAAUUCCUCCCCACAAAGUGUGUGUGUGUGUGUGUGUGUGUGUGUGUGUGUGUGUGUGUGUGUGUGUGUGUUUUGGGGGGUAUUUAAUCUGAAUACAAAGAACAGAGGAUGGAAUUAGGGUUUUUUAUGACUCUUUAAUAAAACAAACAUGUCGAUUUCAAGGCACCGCCAAGUGGAGCAGGUGCUUUUCAGACUCACAAAUUUAGAAGCUGUAAAAUAUGCCGCUCGUUUAAAAUAGAUUCUGAAGUGGCGGUUAAGCUUCAAUGGAAUCAUUCUUGGAUAUGCCCCUUUAGAUGCAGACUCCCCGUGCUGUGGACUUUGGGUUGGAAGCUGAUCAUGCUCUGGCCCCGUUGUAAAUCAGUGGGACCUCCAUGCAACUCAUUUGCCCUCUGCAUCCAACCAUUUGAGCUUGAAGGCAGGGGCGGAAUGUACUGCAGAAUUUGGAAGAAACGGGCUUUGAGGCAGACCCACCAUGAAAUAAACCUUAUUUACAGGAUCAAAUGUAUCAAAAGUAUUUUUGAUUUCUCUCAACCAUGAUUCCCUGCAUUUCCAGUAAGAGCGUAUAACUUCCUAGAAAGUGCAUCUUAGAAGAAGGGUUGUGUGAAAUGGGCAGGGUGUGCUGUAGCCAUGAGCUGCAGCUCCCUUGCAUUCCUAGCCUUUGCCUUCAACAGGGAGGUGCUUUGGGUGCAAACAGCAGCCCUUUUCCCUUUCUAUUCCUGCUACCAAAAGCCCAGCCAUUGCUCCAUGAAGCUGAUUUUCUAAAGAUUGGAAUGAGCCUAGCAUGGUCCUUAAUAUAAUCAUGUUCACCAUUACCUGAUUAUUUCCCAAACAACUAGUGAUCUGAAAUUCCGCUUCAUAUUUUAUCAGUGUAAGAGGAGGAAUUACCACAGUUCCUCGCCCCUACCCCGCUCCUGCCAAGGGUCCCAGUCCAGACUUAACCACUUGGGGCCAGAAGUAAUCAGUCACUUUGGCUGUUCUGCAGGUUUCUGUUGUGCUGGAAGCGAUCUCCUAUGGGAGUCUCUUGCUCAGUGUGGUUCCACCCACGUAAUUGCUACAUAAUCAGAAAACACUUGCUGGAAUCCAGUGUGUGUGUGUGUGUGUGUUUAUGUGAGGGGUGGAAUACUGCAGCAGUAAAGAAAUGGCAAGGUUGGGGUGCCUCCAGCUGCGAGGAACAUUUGCAACCAGUAGGAUUGGGAGAGAAGAACCUAGUCUUGCAUUGACAAGUUUCUUUGGAUCGUUAAUUCGGUCCUAGAAGCUGCAGGGGAGGUUUUCCUCUUUCUUCAAGCAUGCCUGAGGCUAACUCUCCCUGUUUUGCUCCUGCCAUUUCAACAUUGCCACCUUCUCUGGUGAGCCACCUUUGGAAAAGCACCCACAACAGUCAGUUUUAUUUAACUAGUUGUCUUAAAGUGGUUAGAAACUGGUUAAAUAGGAAGAUUACUAUAUAGCAUGUAGAGUAGCAUAAUAAGACCAUUACUGAACCCACUACAGCUUAUGCAUUGAAGAGCAGUACUUUGUGAGGUCAGGUUCUUGAUUAACCGAGUUUUUCCAUCCAGAUGCCUAGUAUGGCUUCAGAGACAACAGGGGAAGUAUGUUUUCAGCUCCUGAGGACAGGGGAACAGAUCAGCAGUACUAGAUUUUAAAACUUUCAUAGUUGUAACUAAAUUAACAGAAGAUUGACGGUGUAAUGCAGAAAUUCUCGAACCUAGAACCCAAGAUACACACAGGAUGAAUUAAAGAAGCCGUCCAAAUAAUUUAGAAAAGGGAAAAUAAUUUUGUUCAAUGCCGGGAAAUCCUCAGUGAAAGUAAGCAAUUUAAUUGUGGACAUAAUUUCUUCUAUAAUUAAGCUCCCCCCUCUUUUUUAAAAGGGAAAGUUGCGCCCAUCUGACCUUAGGUCCUGGCUCUCUUGCUGUAAAGGAUUGCUUAAUUUCUACCAUUGGCUUUCAGGGUUACGCACUGAGCCUUAGCUACUACAAACAGGGAAUAUAAUACAGUAACUCUUGAGAAUGGGGCUGUGUGCAGAAUUUAAGAGAAAAAGCCUGCAAGUUUUAGCUCUGUUCUGUAUACUUGUACAGUCUUAAUAUGUGCAAAAUAAGUUCUUGCAGCAUGUCUAACCUGUUAACAUCUUCUUUACUUGACUCCUGUGCCAUUGCUAUACAACCUCUUAAAGCAUGGUUUGGAUAAGGAUAAGGGUAGGAGGCAGGCAAGUCAUCUAUGAAUACAGUCCCUUAAAAAAUUAGUUAAGCCUUUAAAUUCCAAAUGAGUGUGUCUGGAAUAAUACAUUCCAAUGAACCAAGCCUCUGGUGUCCUGUGAAACUGUGGAUGUAAAAUUCUCCUGUCUACCAAAUUCAGAAAUGUAACCAUUUGUUAACUGUAUUUGAAGGUGUAUCCUUAAGAAGUGUUUCAAAUUAAAGGAGGUAAAAAGUAUUUUGUGAUCCUUCUCAUACUUCCUUUCUGCCCUGGUGAAUGUUAGGUCAUGAGGCUAGAAAGAGAUCUGUGACGCUUUCCUCAAAAUGGUCAUAGUAGGGGACCAAUCUAAUGUUCUGUUCAUCACUGAGCCUAAGGAUUUGUUUCCAUUAUUAUCCUGUGUUAAAUCAUCCUUAUGACAUCAUGGCAAGUUCUGACUUGCUUUUAUGCUCAGAACUGAGCUGCAGGUUGCAGGGAGGGCAAAUUACUGUAUUUACUCAAAUGUAAUGCACAUGUUUUUUAGCCAAAUUAUGUCGCAAAAAUUAGGGUGCGCAUUAAAUUUGAUGCCACCAGCAAAUAGUUUUUUAGUUUCAAUGUUCUUGAAAAUUGUGUGCAGUAGAUUCGAUGGCACAUUAGAUUUCUAUAAAUACAGUAAGAACUAGAAAGGCACUUAGAGGUUUUCUGUUCUAGUACGUAAGGUAUAAAUUUUCUUUAAAAAUAUAUGGGGUAGGGUAGGAGCGUAAUUUGCAAAUGGGUAAUUGGCAACAUGGUUUUUUACUUAUUGGACAAGGGGCAGACUUGAAUUAAAUCACGAGAAAACAUGGGCUGACAUUUUGCUGUUAUGUUAUGUGAAUGCUGCAAAAAAAACCUUGAAUACAUGAGCAGCACUGACCUUAAUCUGGCACCUGCAAUAUCUAGGGGUAAAACCGUGCUUGUGCUUUCUCCUUUGGCGUGUGGGGUAUUAAUCAAUUCUGUAGAGAGACUUUCAGAGUAGCACUGAGGCAGUGAUGGUAUGGACUGAAGGAAGAGGCUCCAUAUACAAACAACUGAAUAUAAUAUAUAGAAGAGGGUGAAAGGUUGUUUUCUGCUGCUCCAGAGAAGCAGACAAGGAGCAAUGGAUUCAAGCUACAAGAAAGAAGAUUCCACCUAAACAUUAGGAAGAACUUCCUGACAGUAAGAGCUGUU